AUUGUCAUUUUGUAUUCGAAUAGUGUUUCAAUACGUUUUCCUUGUCUUGAACGAAUUUUCUGCAGGAUUGAGCUUAAGAUGUCCAUCCUUGCUUGGCAUGUUUUUAACUGCUUGUCAUGAUUAUUCGCAACUCUCCAUCUCGACAGAACUCUCUUAACAAUUGAUUCAUGGAGACUUACUGAUGAGCAUUCUUGAACGCCCUUGAUCGGGUUGCAGAACCCUAGAGAUUUGACAAUAUCAGAAACUGAGAUCACUACGAAUUGCACGAUAGAUUGAAUCUAAUGGGAGAUGAAUUCGCAGGAAAAGGAUGGGGCAAUGGGGGGGAAUACUGGGCCUAGAGACUGGAAUUGUGCAAGCACCCAUGGGACCUGAUAUCUCCGGCCCGGAGCUUGUGGCCGCCGUUGCCAAUGCAGGAGGUCUCGGCAUUCUCCGCGCUCCAUCUCAGGUCUCAUGCUUCCGUCUCAUACUGGGACUAUCCAGGAGUGCUGAAGGAGAUGGUGGCCCGCACGCGACAGCUGACCAGCAAGCCUUUUGGAGUCGGUGUCAUUCUAGCAUUCCCACAUGAGAAGACCCUAAAGGAUAUAUAUGCGGAGAGAGUCCAGUUCUUGCAAGUGUAUUGGGGCGACUUUCCGAGAGAGCGGGUUGAAGAAGCUCACAAAGCAGGAGUGAAGGUGUUGCACCAGGUGGGGUCCGUUGAAGAAGCUCGCAAGGCCGCCGAAGCAGGGGUGGAUGCCAUCAUUGCCCAGGGCACUGAAGCUGGUGGCCAUGUCAUUGGCCAGGUUGGUUUACUGACUCUAAUUCCAAGUGUAGUGGAUGCACUCAAGAGCUACAACAUACCUGUCAUAGCAGCAGGAGGUAUUGUGGAUGGCCGUGGCUAUGUUGCUGCACUUGCUCUUGGAGCCCAAGGCGUUUGCAUGGGGACCAGGUUUCUGGCCACACCUGAAUCCUACGCGCAUCCUCUUUACAAGCAAAAAAUUGUUGAAGCUGGAUAUGACAGCACAGAGUACACUCAUAUGUAUGGGAGAGGCCGCUGGCCAGGUGCUGCACACCGUGUCCUGAAAUCUCCCUUCUUUGAGAAUUGGAAGAACAAAAUUGCACCAGAUGAAACUGAAAUUGGUCAACCCAUCAUUGGGAGCACCACUACAUUUCACAAUAAGGAGGAGGUGCCAAGAUUUUCUGGAAAAGUUCCCAACAUUACAACACAGGGUGAUGUGGAUAGUAUGGUCAUGUAUGCUGGGAUGGGUUCAGCUCACAUCAAGGAAGUCCUCCCAGCAGCAACUGUGGUCAGGAGUUUACUUGAGGAGGCUCAAGUCAUUAUUGAGCAGAGGCUUCAUGGACUUCUUGAAACCCAACUUAAACACCCUGCAAGCACAAUGUUGUAAACUUUCAAAGAUUGUAGACCCUUAUAUACUUCAGUGUUUGGUAAAAUGUGUGCACAAUAAAGUUCAUCAUGGUCCUCCCUGAGCCCAAAUUUCAAUGGCGGACGGUUCUGUGCGGCUUGUGACACUGCCACUUCGACAGGCCUAGUUCUUCAUGCAGAAGUGAUUCCUAUGUUUAAUUUCUCCAUUUACUAACGCACAAAGCAUUCCUUAUUUCCAAGACUUGACUACAAUCAGAAAACCAGCAUAUCAGGCAUACAUGGAGCAACAGAUAGAAUCAUACAAGCAGCUGACUAUCCUCGCCCCUUAUACUUGAAAUGCUUGCAGGUUAUUUGGUGCAUCUAUACAGUAUUAAUAGAAAGUCUGAAAGUUGUGUCUGCCUACAGAGCUUAUUAUUGAGUUCUGAACACAAACAAUAGAAUUGACAUUGUGUAGUACAAAGUUGUUUUGUUUCAAAUGAGGCCUACAAACGGGCUCAAACAAUUUUAGUAUCAAAAUUUUUUUUAAAAAAAUUGGGAUUUAUUCCUACCAAAAUUCUUAAGAA